AUGAUUGCAAGCACAUCGGAUAAUCUCCCUAAGCCCAACAGAAGAAGAGACGCCUUCAAAAACUACCUACGUAAAGAAGUCCCACGAAUUCAAAGCUUGACCCAAGCAUUCGAAAGACUCUUUCGUUCUACGAGAGACCGCCUGUCACACAAUGGUACGCUUGACAAGAAAAGCACUACUCCAUGGCCCAACAACAUAGCACCUCUGAGUUCGUGCGACGGAUCCCCAAAGACCUUUCUGUCUCUGAUAUGUGAACAGGGAAGUCCUGUUGAGCUUCCAAAGGGCACAUCAUUGGAAGACCUUCGGAGCUAUUUGGUUCUUGCCUUGCUGCCUGAUGAUGCGAGUCUGGAUCAGGAAGAAAUAGACUAUCCUGAAACUUUCGACAUAACUCCAGGUCCAUUCUCAGAACCACUCUCUUCCUGCUAA